GCGGUCUCCGGGCUGCUGCGGUGGUUGCGCCUCUGCGUCCGUCGCUCUUUUACUGUGCAGGUCCUUUCCCGCGCGCCGGUGUCGGUUGGGCCUAAGCGGAAUGUUCCGCAAGGCGCGGCGCGUGAACGUGCGGAAGCGGAACGAGUCUGAGGAGGACGACGAAGAGCGAGACGAGUCGCCGCCUCAGCAGCAACAGCCGCCGCCGCCGCCGGGAGGGGAUGGGCCUUCUGGAGAGACCGACCUGCUGCCGGGUCCGAAGCCGCCGCUUCUGCCGCUCCCGACGGGCUGCGUGCCCCUAGCCUGUCCCGGUGGUGCUGGCGGCGGCGGCGGCUUCGGUUUCGGCGGCCCUGAAGCGGUCGGCCGAGGCGGCGGUGCCGGCUUGACGGCCCCGCAGCUCCAGCCGCCGCCUGUUCUUACCCCUCCCCCGGCGCCCCCUUCGCAACAGACGCCCCCGGGGAACAACGGGCUCGUGCCGGCGGCUUCUAAGUUCAAGGAGCGCAAGAACAAGAACAAGGAGGAGCUGCCGCCGCCGCCGCCGCCACGCGGGAGCCUCAGCCUCCUCAGCUUCCAAGAUGAAGAAGAAGAAGCAGAAGAAGUUUUUAAAGUGAAGAAAUCAAGUUACAGCAAAAAGAUAGUAAAGCUUCUUAAGAAAGAAUACAAAGAAGACCUUGAAAAAUCGAAGACAAAACCAGAAACCAAUUCUUUAGCAGAUGCCGAACAGUUUGCUGACAAAACGGGACAGAUUAAAGAUGCAAUUCAAGAAGAUGGGGCUGCAAACAGUGAACAAGGAGAAGAGGAGAUGGAAGUUGAAAGUGAGAAAGAAGAAGAAAAGCCAAAAGCUGUAGGAGCAUUUUCAAGUACUUUGUCUUCUCUGAAUGUUCUGCGUCCAGGAGAAAUUCCAGAUGCUGCUUUUAUUCAUGCUGCUAGGAAAAAGCGCCAAAUGGCUCGUGAGCUUGGGGACUUUUUGCCACUUGACAGUGAUCCAGGGAAAGGGCGCCUUGUUAGAGAAGAUGAAAAUGAUGCCAGUGACGAUGAAGAUGAUGAUGAGAAGCGAAGAAUAGUCUUUUCUGUGAAAGAGAAGUCCCAAAGGCAAAAAAUUGCAGAGGAAAUAGGUAUCGAAGGAAGUGAUGAUGAAGCCCUGAUUGCUGGGGAACAGGACGAAGAACUCAGUCGAUGGGAGCAAGAACAGAUACGUAAAGGCAUUAAUAUACCUCAGGUUCAAGCAAGUCAACCUGCUGAAAUGAAUAACCUGUACUACCAGAAUGCUUACCAUACAAUGCCUUAUGGUUCAUCUUAUGGCAUUCCUUACACAUAUGCUGCUUAUGGAUCAUCGGAGACAAAAUCUCACAAAACAGAUAAUACAAUACCUUUCAAAACUCCCAGUAAUGAGAUGACUCCUGUUACUAUUGAUUUGGUAAAGAAACAGCUUAAAGACAGGUUGGACUCAAUGAGAGAAUUUCACAAAGCAAAUCAGCAGCAACAUGAGAAGCACCUGCAAAGCCGUGAUGAGUCUACCAAGGCAAUUGAAAGAUUGGAAGGGUCUUCUGGGGGUGUUGGUGAACGGUAUAAAUUUCUGCAAGAAAUGCGAGGGUAUGUCCAAGACUUGCUUGAGUGUUUCAAUGAAAAGGUGCUCCUGAUUAACGAACUCGAAUCAGCAAUGCAUCAGCUGUACAAACAGCGAGCUUCCCGCCUUGUCCAAAGACGACAAGAUGAUAUUAAAGAUGAAUCUUCGGAGUUUUCAAGCCAUUCAAGUAAAGCACUGAUGGCACCAAACCUUGAUUCUUUUGGACGAGACAGAACACUGUACCAAGAACAUGUUAAAAGGCGGACUGCAGAAAGAGAAGCAAGAAGAGCUCGUCGUAGACUUGCCAGAGAGCAAUCUGGGAAGAUGGCUGAUCACCUUGAAGGCCUUUCUAGUGAUGACGAAGAAACUUCCACAGAUACUACAAACUUCAAUAUGGAACGAGAUCGCAUUUUGAAGGAGUCCAGCAAAGUUUUUGAAGAUGUGGUAGAAAACUUUUCAUCCAUUGACGCCAUUAAGUCGCAGUUUGAAGCAUGGCGUUUCAAGUAUUCAUCUUCUUACAAUGAUGCUUAUAUUGGCCUUUGUUUACCUAAGCUAUUAAAUCCUUUAAUAAGACUUCAGUUACUUACCUGGAACCCUUUGGAGGAUAAGUGCCAAGACUUUGAGAGUAUGCUAUGGUUUGAAUCUUUGCUAUUUUAUGGAUGUGAAGAAUACGACCAAGAGAAAGAUGAUGCUGAUGUUUCACUAUUGCCUACUAUUGUGGAAAGAGUGCUUCUGCCUAAAUUAACAGUACUUGCUGAAAAUGUAUGGGACCCUUUUUCUACAACACAGACAUCUAGGAUGGUAGCCAUUACCCAGAAAUUAGUAAAUGGUUAUCCAUCAGUGGUACAUGCAGAAAACAAAAACACACAGACAUUACUAAAAGGCCUCUUGCUUAGAAUGAGGAGAACACUAGAUGAUGAUGUAUUCAUGCCACUUUAUCCGAAAAGUGUCUUAGAAAACAAGAACUCUGGUCCUUACUUGUUUUUCCAGCGGCAGUUUUGGUCUUCAGUGAAGUUAUUAGGAAACUUUCUGCAGUGGCAUGGAAUCCUUUCCAACAAAACCUUACAAGAGUUAUCAAUAGAUGGAUUGCUAAAUAGAUACAUUCUUAUGGCUUUCCAGAAUUCUGAGUAUGGAGAUGACAGCAUUAAGAAAGCUCAAAGUGUAAUCAGUUGUUUCCCUAAACAGUGGUUCACUAAUCUUAAAGGAAGUAAGACAAUAUCACAUCUAGAAAACCUCUGUAGAUAUCUUGUUCAUCUUGCUGAUACAGUAUACAGAAAUAGCAUUGGAAGCUCUGAUGUAGAAAAAAGAAAUGCAAGGGAGAAUAUAAAACAGAUAAUAAAACUUCUGUCAAGUAUUCGAGCACUGGACCAUGCUGCAACAGUUGCAAAUGAUCAUAAUGUGAAAGAGUUAAAAAAUUUAAGUGAAGGGAAAUAAAACUUUGUCUGUUAAUUCUGGGCUUUAAAAAUCAUUCCUGAAGUGUAAUUUUGUACAUAUGUAAAGUUUUCUUAUAUUGUAAACGAUGUUUUUAAUACAAAGUGCAUUCUUAUAUACAGCAUCUGUAAGAGUAUUGAUGUCUUCAAAGUGAAAAAGAAGCCAGGAAAACUGCAUCUUGUUUACAAAACUUUUUUACUACAUGGUGGCCAUCUAGUCACUAAACUGCCCAUUAGUUAAUAGGAAAUUCUACACUGUAAAAUUCAUUUAACUGAUCUGCAAAUAUUUAUAUUCCCAUAAUUAUAUGUUUGAAAUAAUGGUUUAUUUCAAAGUAAGAUAUUCAGUAAUUUGGUAAUAAAAUUGGUCAUAAAUAUAUGAAUAUAGUAUGACCUGGGUAAGAGUACAGAAGUGUCCAAAAUUGUAACAGUGUUGUUUGAAGUGUAUGUACUGGUGACAAAAAUAGCUGAAAGUUCACAGCUGCAUUUAGGUAAUGGUAUGGUCACAAUUAAAACUCAAGACACUUCAUUGUAUAAUUUUUUAUCCCUUUAACUCUUACUGGCAAUAUAUUUUCUCACAAUUUAAUAAUUCAGAUUAUUAACCCUCCCCCAUGUCCACAUAUUUGUUUAUAUCCUAUGGUCACAAUAUUGACUAUUCCAAAAUGUUGCAUUGUUUAAUAUUUAAAGAAUAAAUCAUUUUAUUUUUGAGUCAUGGCUUGCUACUACUGAGAUUAGUUUGAAUUCUGAAGAAUAUUGUCACUGUUGUAGAUAGUCUGCUUAUCUUCAAGUGUAGUAUAUUAUACUUGAGAAAAGUAGAAAUUGAAAUAUUAAAUAACUUUGGAUCAUUGUACUUGAUGAUGCUCCUGUCAUGUGAUGUAAAGAAAAUAUUAAAUGUACAGUCUGCUUUUUGAACACUGAA